AUGUUGUGCACUCUAUGUCGAAGACCGUCGAGAGUUUGGUAUUGUUCACACUGUGUAAAUACUUCACCCAAUCUAAUACUACGUUACAAACUGGAAUUGUGCCAGGUGCACGAGGAUUUGAACAAGAUCAAGGACACAGUAAGUACGACUUUGGAAAGCGCUAUCGGGAAGAAAGAAGGCAUCCUGGGGAAACAUAUGGACCGACUGCAGCAGCUUCAGCUGAAACGACAUAAUACGCGAAUGGCGCGGCGUGUUCGUGAGAUGGGUCAGUAUCUAGAACGCAAGUCAGAGCGGCGGGAUGAAUUGAAGGCGAUGCUAGCGGAGCCGCCAUCUUCCGCCACCAGACCAGAUAUCAGCGACAGUUGUCAAGAGUAUAUAGAGGUGAAGCAGAAAUACGAUCAGCUGCAAAACGUUGUUCGUGCAAAUAGCAGUCUAAAGUUUCGCGAGCUGUGUCAGUGGUUUGCAAUUACAGAAUCUCGCGAUAACAAGCAUUUCCCUUACAGUAUCCGCUUCAUUCCAAUGUGUAAUAUACGACAUUGGCACGAAACUGAGACUUCCAGACACUCGCUACAGCAUAUGUGGGAAUUCGUCGCACUUGCAGGCCAAGUCCUUCUUGUUGAUAUACCGUACACCUCGCCUUACAACCCGCAUAGUGACGAUCCCAAGGUUACAAUCUCCCACCUAAUAAUAAACAUGCUUUUAAUACUUACAAAGUUGAAACUAGUUAGCGACCCUCCAGAACUGAACAGUCUGCUAUCUACUUAUGAUGUAGAUAGCAUUUUGUACAGUUUAUGCUCCAAACAAUGUCUGCGCGGCGCCAAAGGCUCACUUCCCCUCUCUUACAGGACAGUACACAAAUUAGUACUUAAUAUUGAGCAUGCAUCCGGUCCCAUAACGUCACCACAAUCAUCAACCGAUGCUAAAGCCAACUGGACUCUCCUCAAGUAG